AUGGCGUUCUACACAGGAUUCUUACUGGCGUUGCUGUCCCUCCUGGCUAUCUGCAAUGCGCACAACAUCCAGCUCAAGGCGCACUCGCGGGAAUGCUUCCACGAGGUUUUGCACAAGGACGACAAGAUGACAGUGACCUUCCAAGUGGGCGAUCGAGAAUUCGGUGGUAGCGGAAACUUGGACAUCGACUUCUGGAUCCAGGACCCAAACCUUGUCAACCUGCGCCACCAAACGUCUGUCAGCGCUGGAGAUCACUCCUUCGAUGCCCAGUCAGACGGCAAAUACACAUACUGCUUCAGCAACGAGAACUGGUCAGCGAAUACAAAGGAAGUCAGCUUCAACGUCCACGGAAUWGUCUACGUGUCUGAAAGUGAAGCUCCUCAAGAUCCGCUGGAGAAGGAAGUACGCCAAAUGACCGAACUUAUGGCCCAGGUCAAGGAUGAGCAAGGUUAUAUUGUUGUUCGCGAGCGAACUCACCGGAACACAGCUGAGAGCACCAAUGCUCGUGUGAAGUGGUGGAGCAUUUUCCAGAUUGGUGUGCUCCUCGGCGAGGGAGUCUUCCAGGUAUGGUGGCUGAAGCGCUUCUUCGAGGUCAAGCAUGUAGUAUAA